AUGUUUGAAGUUGGUAAUCUUGGUAAUAAUGAAUCGGGGGACCCCGCCCGCCGGGGGCCCAUUAAAUUUGAUUCUCUUGAACAAGCAUGUGAACUAAUUAAGUUCAAAUACAUAGGAGUUUCAGGUGUAUAUAUACUAAGAUCUAAAAAAGAUCUUGAGCGUUUUUAUAUAGGUAGUUCUAAUAACUUAGCUAGAAGAAUGGAGGAGUAUAAUAAAUUAACUAAAGGUUUACGUAAUCCCCAUUCAGCUUCUGAAUUGGAAAUUUCCCAAAUUUCAGCUUUAGAUUGAUACUUAGAGUUUAUAUAUAUUACUACUCCUCAAACUUCUCGCAACCCCCCCCUUCGGGGGGGGGAAGUUCUUGAACAAUAUGCUAUUCUUAAACUUAAACCAACUAUUAAUAUUAAUUAUAAUGUUGUUCCAAGGGUAAACUGGGGUAAUUUAGAUAAUGCUAUCUUAACGAUUGAAAGUUUAUUAUCAUUAUUCCCUAAAGGUUCAGAAGGUUAUAAUAGAUUAGCUGUCUUCCUUAAAACAUAUAAAACAGCUAAUUCUUUAAGUUAUACACCUGAAGACUUAGAUAAUAAAUCUUAUUGUUUUUUAGUGUUUGUGUAUGAUGUUAAUUCACCUAAUAAAGAUCCUAUUGUUUAUUCUUCGAUAAACAGGGCUUUAAAAGGAUUACAAAUUAGUCAUAGUACGUUAUUAAAUUAUAUUAACAAUAAAUAUCUUUAUAAAUCAAGUCUUAUAUUAUCUUUUGAACCUUUACUUGUAAAUAAUUUUUCUGAAUAUCAAGAAAAACUUACAGGAGAUAAUCAACUUAGAAAACACAUUGUUGUUUAUAAUCAAGAUAAUGAGAUAGUAAUAGAAUUUAAAUCUGGUAGAGAAAUGGCUAACUAUUUUAAAAUUGAUGGUAAAGUAGCUAGAGCUGCUAUAGCUAAAGGUGAGUAUAAAGACUUUUUACUAAUAUUUAAAGAAGUAUCCAAUCGUAAAACAAUUUAUGUAUUUGAUAGUAAUUCAUAUGAAUUACUAGAUGAAUUAAAAAGUCUAACUAAAGCUUUGAAAUAUGCUAAAGUUAAUUAUUAUACAUUAAAAAAGUUUAAUCGAGAAUGGUAA